AGAGUCUCGCGAUAUUUAAGAUUCCAGUGGGUGGUACGUUCCCACGGAGACGGAGAAGAGCGACUAGAACGCACGCGCCGGUUUGAUACCCUGGUCGCGUGGAAGAGUUGAAGAUGGCGGCGGCUCAGGCUGUGGAGGAAAUGCGGAGCCGCGUGGUUCUAGGGGAGUUCGGGGUUCGCAAUGUUCAUACCACCGACUUUCCUGGUAACUAUUCGGGCUACGAUGAUGCUUGGGACCAGGACCGCUUCGAGAAGAAUUUCCGCGUGGAUGUGGUACACAUGGAUGAAAACUCACUGGAGUUUGACAUGGUGGGAAUUGACGCAGCCAUUGCCAAUGCUUUCCGACGCAUUCUGUUAGCUGAGGUGCCCACCAUGGCUGUGGAGAAGGUCCUGGUGUACAACAACACAUCCCUUGUCCAGGACGAGAUCCUCGCUCACCGCUUGGGGCUCAUCCCCAUCCAUGCUGACCCCCGCCUUUUUGAAUAUCGGAACCAAGGAGAUGAAGAAGGCACAGAGAUAGAUACUCUGCAGUUUCGACUGCAAGUGAGGUGCACUUGGAACCCCCAUGCAGCUAAAGAUUCCUCUGACCCCAAUGAGCUCUACGUCAACCACAAAGUGUACACCAGGCACAUGGCAUGGGUACCCUUGGGGAACCAGGCUGACCUCUUCCCAGAGGGCGCCAUCCGACCUGUGCAUGAUGACAUCCUCAUUGCUCAGCUGCGGCCUGGCCAGGAGAUUGACCUGCUCAUGCACUGUGUCAAGGGCAUUGGCAAAGAUCAUGCCAAGUUUUCACCUGUGGCAACAGCCAGUUACAGGCUCCUGCCAGACAUCACCCUGCUUGAGCCCGUGGAAGGGGAUGCAGCUGAUGAGCUGAGCAGGUGCUUCUCACCUGGUGUUAUUGAGGUGCAAGAAAUCCAAGGUAAAAAGGUGGCCAGAGUCGCCAACCCCCGACUAGACACCUUCAGCAGGGAAGUCUUCCGCAAUGAGAAGCUGAAGAAGGUUGUACGGCUUGCUCGUGUUCGGAACCAUUAUAUCUUCUCUGUUGAGUCUACAGGGGUGUUGCCACCAGACGUGCUGGUGAGUGAAGCCAUCAAAGUACUGAUGGGGAAGUGCCGGCGGUUCUUGGAUGAACUGGAUGCAGUUCAGAUGGAUUGAGGCUUGCACUGGGAUUGGAUGUUCCUGAGGCGAGCUAAAGAUUUUGGGUUCUGCCUUGCCCCUGUAGAGAGCCCAGUGAGACUAUGGGUCCUGAGUUUUCUGUGGACAAUUCCAGCUUUAUUUUCAGUCAAUACAUUUUGUUAAAUGUGCCACAAAAUGUGACUUUUAUGCCUUUGUAAGGCCUUAAUGUAAAUAAAUGCACAUCCAAAUAAAAAUCUUUUCGUUGGA